AUGUCCGCAGUCGUCAAUGGGUACAAGCACGAGUCCGAGCGGAUAGCUCACACGAAAGAGAAGCAUUUGCCGGGGGGAUGGGUAGUGCUGAAGUUUGGCGGUACGAGUGUGGGAAAGUUUGCGGAGAAUAUUGCGAACAUUGUCAAAGCUGGCCUUGAAAGCAAUCGCGCCGCCAUAGUCUGCUCCGCACGCAGCAACAAUACGAAGCUCGAGGGAACCACCAACAGACUCCUCCGCACUGCUCGAGCUGCCGAGAAACCCAACAACCGCGGCUAUGACGAAAUUGUCGAAGCCAUCCGUACCGACCACAUACAGGCUGGCAAGGACACAUUGAAGAGCCCAGAGGUCCUGGCUGCAUUCACGGAGGAGGUCAAUGCCGAGUGUGAGAGUCUGGUCAAGAUCCUGGAGUCUGCGCAGCACCUGGAAGAGGUUACGAACCGCGUCGAGGACAAGAUUGUGAGCAAGGGCGAAAAGCUGAGCUGUCGGUACAUGGCUGCGCUCUUGAAUGACCGCGGUACGCCCGCGCAGUUCGUCGAUCUCAGCGAUGUCGUCAAGUUCUAUGCGCCCAAAAAGGGGGGGUUGAACGAGCAAUUUUACAGAGAUUUGGCCGAGGCGCUGCGCGAAGAGGUGGAAGCAUGUGGCGACAAAGUCCCCGUCAUCACGGGCUACUUUGGCAACGUGCCAGGUGGCAUCUUGAACUCCAUCGGACGUGGAUACACGGAUCUGUGUGCUGCUUUGGUAGCUGUCGGUAUCAAGGCGCAAGAGCUUCAGGUCUGGAAGGAGGUGGAUGGCAUCUUCACAGCCGACCCCCGCAAGGUCCCUACGGCCGCACUGCUACCCACUGUCACGCCUUCGGAGGCCGCUGAGUUGACCUUUUACGGCUCCGAGGUUAUCCAUCCAUUCACCAUGGAGCAGGUCAUCCGUGCCCGCAUCCCCAUCCGUAUCAAGAACGUUAUGAACCCGCGCAACGCCGGUACCAUUAUCUUCCCAGAUAACUUAUCUGACAUCGACAAUCACACUCCUCUCAAGGACGCGGGGCUCUUCCGGACUCGCUCCUCCAGCAUCCUCGCUCAGCUCCAAAGCCCCAAGCGACCCACCGCUGUCACGAUCAAGCACAACAUCGUCGUGUUGAACGUGCACAGCAACAAGCGCACCCGUGCUCACGGAUUUUUGAUGAACAUCUUCAGUAUUCUAGACAGAUGGCACCUCUCCGUCGACCUGAUUUCCUCGUCUGAAGUUCAUGUCUCCAUGGCGCUGCACUCCGAGUCUGCUCUUCUCAGCGGAGGGGGCGAGGACGAGUACAGGAUUAAGGACAAGGACCUCCAGGGUGCGGUCAAUGACUUGGGGCAGUUGGGCACCAUUGAUAUCGUGCCUGAUAUGGCUAUUGUAAGCCUCGUCGGCAAGCAGUUGAAAAACAUGAUUGGCAUUAGCGGGAGGUUUUUCAGCGUGCUUGGACUGAACAACAUUAACAUUGAGAUGAUUUCACAAGGUGCUAGCGAGAUCAACAUCUCUUGUGUCAUUGAGGAACGCGAAGCCGACCGCGCUCUUAACGUUGUUCAUACAAGUCUUUUCACUUUCUUAGACUAG